AUGGUGAUCCGACUCCGCCUCGCACGCUUCGGCCGUCGGCACGCGCCCGUCUACAACAUCGUCGUCUGCCACGCACGAACCGCCCGAAACUCCAAGCCGAUAGAAGUCAUCGGCACUUACGACCCCAUAGCGAAGCCGCCGAUCGACGGUGCUGGAAAGCCGGUGAAGGAUAUACAACUGGAUACGACGCGAGCGAAGUAUUGGUUAGGUGUGGGCGCGCAGCCGAGUGAUACGGUCUGGCGAUUAAUGUCGAUGUUCGGCUUGAUUGAACCGCAGUGGCAGAUACAGAGGAUUUUGGCUGCCGGGAAGGAGGAGAUGGUUCGGAGUCGGAAGCCGAAGCUGCAGGAGAAUUUGAACGAGACGGUGGAGACGACAGUAAAGCCAAAGGAGGCGACGCAGUAG